AUGCACGUCUUUGAACUCCAGCCCACCAGCCGGUAUUCCCCCAGCCAGCCCACCAGCCUGUAUUCCCCCAGCCAGCCCUUCAGCCUGUAUUUCCCCCAGCCAGCCCGUCAGCCUGUAUCCCCUCAGCCAGCCCGUCAGCCUGUAUCCCUCAGCCAGCCCAUCAGCCUGUAUCCACCCAGCCAGGCCAUCAGCUUGUAUCCCCUCAGCCUGCCUCCCAGUCUGUAUCGCCCCAGCCAGCCCACCUGCCUGUAUCCCAACAACCAGCCCCCAGUCGGUAUCCCCGCAGCCAGCCCACCAGCCAGGAUCCCCCCAGCCAGCCCCACAGCUUGUAUCCCCACAGCCAGCCACCCAACCUGUAUCUCCACAGCCAACCCCCAAGCCUCCCAGUCUCUAUCCCUCCAGCCAGCCCAUCAGCCUGUAUCCCCACAGCCAGCCCAUCAGCCUGUAUCCCCCAGCCAGCCCAUCAGCCUGUAUCCCCCAGCCAGCCCCUCAGCCUGUAUUUCCCCAGCCAGCCCAUCAGCCUGUAUUUCCCCAGCCAGCCCAUCAGCCUGUUUCUCCACAGCUAGCCCAUCAGCCUGUUUCUCCACAGCCAGCCCAUCAGCCUGUAUUCCCCCAGCCAGCCCGUCAGCCUGUAUCCCUCCAGCCAGCCAGCCUACCAGCCUGUAUCUCCACAGCCAGCCCACCAGCCUGUAUCUCCACAGCCAGCCCAUCAGCCUGUUUCUCCGCAGCCAGCCCAUCAGCCUGUAUCUCCACAGCCAGCCCAUCAGCCAGUAUCUCCACAGCCAACCUAUCAGCCUGUAUCCCACCAGCCUGUAUCCCCCAGCUAGACCACCAGCCUGUAUCUCCACAGCCAACCCCCAGGCCUCCCAGUCUGUAUCCCCCAGCCAGCCCAUCAGCCUGUAUCCCCCAGCCAGCCCAUCAGCCUGUAUCCCUCCAGCCAGCCCAUCAGCCUGUAUCCCCACAGCCAGCCCAUCAGCCUGUAUCCCCCAGCCAGCCCAUCAGCCUGUAUCCCCCAGCCAGCCCCUCAGCCUGUAUUUCCCCAGCCAGCCCAUCAGCCUCCAGCCCAUCAGCCUGUAUUCCCCAGCCAGCCCGUCAGCCUGUAUCCCUCCAGCCAGCCAGCCUACCAGCCUGUAUCUCCACAGCCAGCCCACCAGCCUGUAUCUCCACAGCCAGCCCAUCAGCCUGUUUCUCCGCAGCCAGCCCAUCAGCCUGUAUCUCCACAGCCAGCCCAUCAGCCAGUAUCUCCACAGCCAACCUAUCAGCCUCCAACCCCCAGGCCUCCCAGUCUGUAUCCCCCAGCCAGCCCAUCAGCCUGUAUCCCCCAGCCAGCCCAUCAGCCUGUAUCCCUCCAGCCAGCCCAUCAGUCUGUAUCCCCCAGCCAGCCCAUCAGCCUGUAUCCCCCAGCCAGCCAAUCAGCCUGUAUCCUUCCAGCCAGCCCAUCAGCCUGUAUCCCUCCAGCCAGCCCAUCAGCCUGUAUCCCUCCAGCCAGCCCAUCAGCCUGUAUCCCCACAGCCAACCAGACCAUCAGCCUGUAUCCCCCAGCCGUCCAGACCAUCAGCCUGUAUCUCCACAGCCAACCCCCAAGCCUCCCAGUCUGUAUCUCCCCAGCCAGCCCAUCAGCCUGUAUCCUCCAGCCAGCCCAUCAGCCUGUAUCCCUCCAGCCAGACCAUCAGCCUGUAUCCCUCCAGCCAGACCAUCAGCCUGUAUCCCUCCAGCCAGCCCAUCAGCCUGUAUCCCCCAGCCAGCCCAUCAGCCUGUAUCCCCCAGCCAGCCCAUCAGCCUGUAUCCCCCAGCCAGCCCAUCAGCCUGUAUCCCCCAGCCAGCCCAUCAGCCUGUAUCCCCCAGCCAGCCCAUCAGCCUGUAUACCCCAGCCAGCCAAUCAGCCUGUAUCCUUCCAGCCAGCCCAUCAGCCUGUAUCCCUCCAGCCAGCCCAUCAGCCUGUAUCCCUCCAGCCAGCCCAUCAGCCUAUAUCCCCACAGCCAGCCAGACCAUCAGCCUGUAUCCCCCAGCCGUCCAGACCAUCAGCCUGUAUCUCCACAGCCAACCCCCAAGCCUCCCAGUCUGUAUCUCCCCCAGCCAGCCAUCAGCCUGUAUCCCUCCAGCCAGCCCAUCAGCCUGUAUCCCUCCAGCCAGCCCAUCAGCCUGUAUCCCUCCAGCCAGCCCAUCAGCCUGUAUCCCUCCAGCCAGCCCAUCAGCCUGUAUCCCUCCAGCCAGACCAUCAGCCUGUAUCCCCACAGCCAGCCCAUCAGCCUGUAUCCCUCCAGCCAGACCAUCAGCCUGUAUCCCCACAGCCAGCCCAUCAGCCUGUAUCCCUCCAGCCAGCCCAUCAGCCUGUAUCCCUCCAGCCAGACCAUCAGCCUGUAUCCCCACAGCCAGCCCAUCAGCCUGUAUCCCUCCAGCCAGACCAUCAGCCUGUAUCCCCACAGCCAGCCCAUCAGCCUGUAUCACUCCAGCCAGCCCAUCAGCCUGUAUCCCUCCAGCCAGACCAUCAGCCUGUAUCCCCACAGCCAGCCAGCCUUUAUCUCUACAGUGUUUACGCCUGAUUCCACUAUGUGUUUAAUAUGAACUGUAAUAAUUCUGGAACAUUUCCUGUAUGGUUUACAAGUUGGGGGGGUUCAGCUUUAAUUAUUGCAACUUUGGGAUAGAUCAACAUACUGCUCUCAGGACAAGGAUUGGGAAUAGAAAGGGGAGCUCAAGGUUUAAGGACAAAGUUGAGGUUUUGAGUUCUGAACAAAUGUGUACACAACUGAUUUACAAUGAUUGUUUCUCUUGUAGUGGAUAGAGCAUCACAAGAGUCUCAGUAAUGUAUGUUUCUUAACUGACCACAAAGUCCAGGACACUUCGUUGACUGUUAGCUCUCAUAUUGGAUAACAAGGACUUAUUAUUUAGAGUGUUUGAUGAAGAACAUGACUGUAUUUACAGACUGGUGACAUGAUGUUAUAUCCUGUAUAUUGUACAUAGAUAAGCCCUGUUAAUAUUCAUGUUUAUUCGAUUUUAAGGUUAUUUUUUAAAAACAUUUACAGGGUUCACAAUGUAGAGAAAUGAGAGAACCAAAACAAACAAAAAAAUACUAUGUCAAGUGGUCUCUCCACCACAAUAGUUGUUUUAAUAAAUUAUUUUCACUCUG